CAGAGAUGUAUUUAUCAUUCACACGGAAUUUGUAUCAGUUGUUCAAACUUAAGAGAACUUGAAAAAUGAGUGUAGAAAUCAAAAGGGGAUUAUUGCAAUUUGCUUUUCUUCGUUUCAUAGUAUUAUUGAUGUUUCUGCCUACUAGUGAAUCAUCUCCGAUAUGUAAUGGAGGAUGUUGUCCUAACUAUUACCUAGAUCAUUCUGGAAAUGAUUGCAUCCCCUGUGAAAAGGGAUAUUUUGGCCUGAACUGUUCUUCCCGAUGUCCUUCGUCCUUUUACGGACUCAGAUGAUGUCAGUAAACCAAAAAGUCCCUGCGAACCAAAAUACAAGAAUAAAUGGACGAAAACAAAGGCAUCCGUAUUAAUUGCUACAAUAUUCCUCUUGGGCUUUGCAAUUUGUCUUUUUGGUGCUUAUUUGAAAACUUGUAAAACAUUCCAGGAAAAGAGAACACCGAUAAACUCAACUUAGCAUGAAAAAAGGUUUAUAGAACUGAGAACAUAAAUACCCAAUCUUGCUUUAUAGCAAUUUAUUAAAGACAGCACUGACAUUUUUACAGAUUUAUUUAUCAUGACUUUUGAUGAUGCGACGACAAAAAGUAAUGAUUGCAAGCAUUAAUGAGACGUUCAUUGAUGAACUGGGAGAAUUAAAUGUUCAACUUAAAAACGGACAACAUAGAUGACCUCAUGUAAUUGACUUACAUAUGUAAGCCUGCCUGUCAAACUCCAAUGUGUCGAGCAUACAGCUCUACCAUACCUGCGAAAAUGGUAGCGGGUUGUGCAAUCACUGUCGUGGCUUAUGAUUAUGUUAAAUUUCAUAAAGUUUUAAUUCAUCAUUAUUUUUUAAGAACCUUGGAUAUAAGGAAACGUUCUCUCAAAUUUCAGUAAGGAUUGAUUAUAUGGUUUGCAUUUUACAAUCCUUUAUACAAUGACGACAUACACAUACUAUUAAUAUCUAGACGAUUUCUCUAAUCAAUGAGAAUCUAUUGGACUAAACAGUUGACCACAUCGCUUGUCCAAUUUUAUGUGCUUCAAAUGCUUAUUCUGAACCCAACAAUUACUUGGGAUAGGUAUUUUCUUAUGUGGCCCAACAAGUCCUGCAGCUAAGUACUGCAUGCUAUGACGGAAAGCGUAAUUUCAUUUGAACAUGCUUAACUGAAAAAGGCAAGGUGAAAAAGGAAAGAAAACGACAUAGCCAUUGCUAACUUUUAAACUAUUUUUCUCCUCUUUAUUAAAAAAUAUAAUGAAUAUUUAUAAUUCAAGAAAUUGACGAUCGUUCCAGUACAGUAAUUUUA